AUGACGUCUCUCAAGCCCAUCAUCAUCUACGGCCACGGUGGCGGCCCCAACCCGUGGAAGGUGGUGAUUGCUCUGGAAGAGCUCAAUGUGCCCUACGAAUACAAGAUCCUCGAGUUUCCCCAAAUGAAACAACCUCCCUUCGAGAAGAUCAAUCCGAACGGCCGCGUGCCCGCCAUCGAGGACCCGAAUACGGGAAUCACCCUAUGGGAAUCUGGAGCGAUUCUGGAGUACCUCGUCGAAACCUACGAUAAGCAGAAGACCAUUAGUUUCGCCGCCGGCACACCCGAAUACUUCCAUGCCAAGCAGUGGCUUCACUUUCAGAUGUCUGGCCAAGGUCCGUACUUUGGCCAAGCCGUGUGGUUCUCCGUGUACCAUACCGAGAAGAUCCAGAGUGCCAUCGAUCGCUACGUAAACGAAAUCCGCCGCGUGUCAGGGGUGCUGGAUAGGGUGCUGGAAGGCCGCGAAUACCUCGUUGAUGGGAAGUACAGCUAUGCCGAUUUCGCUUUUAUCCCCUGGUUUGGAAUCAUCCCACGCAUUACCGGCAACGCUAUCGACCUGGAAAAGGACUUCCCCAAUCUUAACGCCUGGCUGAACCGAAUCAAGGCAAGGCCUGCCGUGGCCAAAGCUCUGAAGGCAAGGGAGGAGGCCACUGCGAAGAAAUAG